AUGGUGAAUUACGUAUUAUCAUUCUGCAAAAUAACUGGCGCGAGCAAAAUCUUCAAACGCAACUUUUACUUGCCUCUACUAAAACCUCUAACACCCAGAGAAGCCUUGCGAACUCUAAGAAUAACAGGAAAAUGGCUGCUUGGAGCCAAAUACCAACAUUACAUCCCAGUCCUUCUGAAUCACACCCAGCAAAGAUCGAAACAAACCGAAGACUACGGAAAACUGCACCACGAAAAAUCUGAUGACUAUACUUACAUGACACCGGUGUUAGACCCAGAAAACGAAAAUCAUAAGAUACUUAUAAACCUUCUGGAAGCUAAAGAAAGCAAUGGUAUGUACGUCUACACAGUAAAUGACAAAAAAUACAACAUAGUCUUCUCCACACAGUUUGAGGUAGCGUUAAGAAACGGUGAAAUAAUAGACGUGCUCGUCUCACAGAAGAACGAUAAGAUACUAGUUAAAAUGAAAGACAGAAAAAAGAUUCCAAUGGAGAUCCACUACUUUGAGGGAGACUCUGACAAUCUUUACACCGGUGAAGCAGCAACAGAUGAAGAGCAAGAGAAACACCACCACCACGGAAAAUAUACAAUGGCGCUAGCACAACAAUUUGAAGAAAAAGAAAUGCGCGAGGAAAAAUGGGAAGAGGCGCUUAGAAAGAUACUGAAACGUAGAAAGAAAGUCAAGUGGGAGAAUUCGAAAGCUUACAAAGAAAUGAUGAAGCGCAAUAUGAAAAAUAUGAACUGGAACAAGUUUGAAGAAGAAGCCAAGAAGGUCAUCGACGAAAUCGAGGAACCUACAAAAGAAGAAGCCAUCGAAAUGGAGGUUGAAGAUUUAGAAGCCACGAAAAACGUCAAUGAAACAAUUUUGGGCCACGGUGAAGGAAUGCUGAAUCAACUACCCACUUUGACCGAAAUUCCUGACAUUAUCAAAAACAUGGGUAGUGCUAGUUUGCACGAAAUUGAAGCAAGUCCUUCAGAUGAGCAAAACAAAGGCAGGCGAGUAAGCGGGAUCAAAGUAACUCUACCCUCGGGCAAAGAAUGCUUUGUUAGUGGUCAAAUGGUACUAACAGAGGAAGGUGAGGUGUUUGUGCCAGGACAAACAGUCCACAACGAAUUCGGUGACGAGUAUGUUCCUGGCAUCACCACUGUGAUCAAUAAUCAACCUACUCUGGUCAGUGGGCUGAUCUUAGGAGAGCAAGACCAAGAUCCGCUGUUUUUGCCUUCACAAUCAUCCAUCACAGCUGAUGGAACGUUAACCUUCACUUCGAAUCCUGAAGAAAGGCCAGAACCUCCUGCUGAGUCCGAGAGAAAAGUUAAAAGGAAAAAGAAGGAACCAGAGAUUAUAGAGAUAAUUGAAGCUACACCAACCACAGAGAAAGAAAAUCCUUUUGAAAACUACGAUUUCGUGAUAAUUUGCGAUAGCGAUUCUGAAUCAGAAGACAAAUCCGCAGAGGUAUCAAGUGAAGAACUGAACAAUUCCGAACUCGAAGAGUUAGAUAUAGAAGCCAUCAGACUGAGACAGGAACAACAUAGGCUAGAGCUGGAAAAAUUGAAUCAACAGCUGUUUGACGAUAUGAGUGAUAUCAUAAGUAAUUUGGAGGAUAAAAAGGCAGAGCUGAAGAGGAAACUAGAUGAAUUGAGGAAAAAACACAUGGAUAAUCAAAACAACCUAGUGACAUACGUUAAUGAGAAAGACGCGAUGGAGGUAGCAUCUAAAAUAACCGAGGACAAAGAUCUUAUAAAUAGACUGUCAGACAUCCUGCUAACAAUGACCAGGAGAUCAGCGACUUUUAGGGAUAAAAAUAGCGUCAGGUCGGAUAAUAUUAACAUCGACUGUCCAAGUUGCAACGCUUCGGACGCUGAAAUUAGCCUGAACCAGUGUACGAAUAAACUUAGGGCUCUGUACAAGACGGCUUUGGUUGCAGCUAACGACGUGUUUAAAAAUAGACCGAAAGAUCAAUUACUAGCACUCACUACUAUCGGCAAUAUCUUGUGUGGCCCGCUUAAAAACGACAGUAAGCUACUGAAAGAAUUGAUAAAUAUUAUGAAAACUCAAAUUGACCGUGACGAAAUUUGUAAUGCAGCUUUUAAACAACUAACCCAAGCAAUAGAAGACACCAAAGUAGCUAUGUUAAAUAAAAUUGUAGAAGAAGAAAUGUCUACGUUGGAAUUCAACGAGAUCGUAGAAAAAAUAUUAGGUUCAGAAAAUAUUAUGAACGUUGCCUUCCAAAAAAUAACGAAGCUAGAACAUAGUAUAAUAAAGAAUGUUGUGGAAAAUAUUUCUAACCAAUUGGCUGAAGUCAAAAUGGAAGAAGACGCAGUGCGAGUUCUGCAAAAAUCGAUAGUGAAAGCGGUUAAAGCAAUGGUAGAUGAUAGAUAUGCAAAAAUCAGCUACAACGACUUCAAAGAUGAUGCUAUAAGCUUUGCAAAAGCGUUGGAUAUGGAAGAUGUGAUAGAUGACUUGCAAAAGUCGCGUAAUUUUAGCGAACAAACGACUGAUUUAUUAAAGAGGGUGUUACUUAUGAGGCAAAUAGCCGAGAGGGACUAUUCGUUGAGGACAGCGAUAACUAGGAUAAAGAAAAACCCUGAAGUUGCAAGGUCGGACCCGAGGAUAAGACAGCUUAUCAGGGAAAGUGGGUGCCUUGUACCUAUGCACAUGAUGUCAGCGAUCCAGGUGAACAAGAACCGCGAAAAAAGGAUAGACGAUUAUCUGAGUGGUGUGCGCGAACGGGACGACACUAGCAGCUAUUCGAAGAAUCAGCAGAGUAAUGUAAGGAGACUGAGAAAAAUUGUGAACCGUCGCAAAGCUGCAUGA